UCCUCGUAUACUAACUACUUUACUAAGCUAGAAGCAAAGAUAAAGAAGUAUAAUAUUAAGCCUAAGAAUAUAUAUAAUAUAGAUAAGAAGGGCUUUAUAAUAGGUGUACUUAGCAAAGCUAGAAGGAUCUUUAUAAAGCAGGCCUUAUUAAGUAGCUAG